AUGACAGAUAACCAUCAGAGGAGAUUUGGAACUUCUGCAGAAGAAGAUAGAAUCAGUAACUUGCCAGAGAACUUGAUUGACUCGAUCUUAGAGAAGCUCCCAAUUCAAGAUGCUAUAAGGACAAACAUUCUAUCAAAAUACUGGAGGUACAAAUGGACCACAAUGACGAAACUGGUUCUUGAUAAGCAAUUUUCAGAUAAGUUUGCCAAAAAGGGAGCUUUUGAUCCUAAUGGGUUUAUAAGGAUCACAAACCAAAUCUUGAACCUUCAUAAAGGUGCCAUCUUGAAGUUAUAUCUCCAUAUACCCGAUAUGAUUCUUGAUAGUUUCCAAGAAGUCGAUCAGUGGAUUUUACUCUUGUCAAGAAACGGUGUAAGGGAGCUCAUCCUUGCUAAUUCAAAUCAAUGUUAUCAACUUCCAUCUUUUGUGUAUUCGUCUCUAAAAUUGAGGAAAUUGCAAUUCCAAACAGCCUGUAUCUUCAAUCCACCGCUUGAUUUACAAGGCUUUCUCUAUCUCAAAGCUCUUUUUUUCUCCAAUGUUAUAUUCGGGGCAAGCUUACAUGGAAAACUCAUCAACUUACCAGAGCUUAAAUAUUUGAAACUGAUGUACUGCAUUAAUGUUCACCAUUUUAAUAUCCAAGCUACAAACCUGGAAACUUUGAUUGUCAUCACUUACCCUGAUGCUACAUUGCCCCAGUUGUCACACAGUCAAUGCCUUACAUAUGUCUUGAUGUAUACCCUGACAUCAACACAAAGUGUAGCACAAGCAGAACGAACAAAGCUAGUUACGUAUGUACGUAACUUGCCUAACACUCUACAGUUUUCAAUCAGUGAAAAGGUUCCGACGUGGCUUCCAGGCGUGGCUAAUAGAUCAAGGCAUUGGGGCUUCAUAGAUAUAAAAUUAGACGAUUUGGAUCAAGUUCAAGGUGCUUUGUUUAUGCUUCGGAACUUACCUAAUUUAGAACGCCUUUCUGUGCUGAAGGGGCUUCCGAGCGUGAAUUUGGAUGAGCAACCAGCAAUAAGUUAUUUGGAAGCCUCAGGCUGUUCGAUUCAGACAUUCAACCAGUUGAAAAUUGUAGAAAUUCUAUUAAUAGAAGGAUCAAAACCGGAGCUGCUCUUUAUAAAGCUUUUACUGGCUCAUUCUCCUAUCCUUGAAAAGAUGACAAUCCAACUCAAUGGACCUGCGGAUGCUCAUAAGAGUCUCAACUUCGCUAAGGAGGUGAUGAGGUUUCGACGAAUUUCAGCAAAUGCAGAAAUGUUGUUAUUGGAUCCCUGA